UCAGUUGCAUUUAAAAGUCCUUCAAGCAAGAUGAAGUUGUUUGCCUUGAUGCUUGUGGCAUUGUUUGGUUACACUAUCGUCAUGGGCGUAUUGCGCAAACCUCACACUGACCGAGAUAAUAGAAUGGCUAUCACAGUGAGGGAUAGGGAAAUCCCCGAUGAUCAAAUAGUCGAGGCUCUCCGGAAGAAGGUGUACGACAAAAUUGCAUCUGUGAAAUGGAAAUCACACAUUAAAUUGUGGGCUGACCUUGGCAUUGAUGCCCUCAGCCACCCCAUAUCAAGGCUAAACGAGAUGGUAAACUCAGUGGGCCAUCAUCCUACCUACGAGUUGUGGUUGGCUCAGCUUCGUCACAAGAUUUGGGAGAAGGGUCAAAAUAUCGUGGUGGUGGUUUUCAAAAAAAUUAAUAAGAUUUUUACAGUCCUGCAUGCCCAUCUAAAGAAAAAAGUCGACGACGUUAUUAAUAAUAAAUCCAAGGACUACGGAGGUAAGCAAGAGGAAAAUGGCUAUGGCUAUGUCGACUACGAUGACUAUAUUCGAGAAUGAUUAAGCUAUAAUAAACCCCCUGUUAUCCCUUAAAUUAAACUGUAUGAUGGCAUUGGAUAUAAAUAAUAUUAACAAUUGUGUUGCCUUUGAACCAAUUUAAAAUUUAAGGCGACCCUUAGCCACAUUCAAAAGUAAUUAAUUUGUAUUUAUUAAAAUGUGCACAAUACAUUAAAA